AUGAAAACACUGCGGCUGAUUGUUUUGAUUGUGCAGCGGGUUUUGAUUACGGCGGCGGUUUUCUUCGCGGCCGUCGUGCUGAUCCACUUUACCGGCAUCGACCCGAAAGAACGUCCCAUUUCGUGUGAUCGAGUCUGCAACCGGGCGGAAUGGCCACGGAUCUGUCGCUUCGAGCUUGUGGUGGAGAAACGCACAUUUCAUCGUGACAGCAACAUCACGUUAACCGCUAAGAGGAAGGAUCGUCUGGUGCUUGAGCUCGAGUCGGACCCGGCCUCCAUUUACUACACUGUAAAUGGGCGUUACGUCGGACCGACGCUGAAGGUGUGCGAGAAUGAUUACCUCGUGGUGGACGUAGAAAAUCGGAUCCCCGGAGAGAGCAUUUCGCUCCACUGGACCGGUCAGAGCCAGCGUAAGACCCCUUUCAUGGAUGGGGUACCGAUGAUAACUCAAUGUCCCAUUGCCAGCUACACCCGGUUCCAAUACAAAUUCCAGGCGGACAAGGCUGGCACUCAGCUGUACCACGGUUUUGCCGGUUCGGAGCGGACCCAGGGCCUCCUCGGUGCGCUUGUUGUCCGGGCUUUUCCCGACGCAGAUCUAAACUCAAGCACACCGGACCCUUUUUUGUCCGACAAUGUGUGGCUCGUCACGGAGCUUCACGGCCGGCUGGCGGUGAACGGGCGGGGCGACUGGCAGCAAACGCUUCCCUCAAGUGGAAACUCAAUUAGGGAGCAUCGAGUUCGCGUGCUGUACGCCGGAAGCUGCCCGCUCUGGCUGGAGCUACCCGGUCACGAGCUAAGACUGCUAGCUCUCGAUGGGAACCGGCUCGACAUGCACGAACCGGGCCCUGCUGUAGAUCGGGUGCUACUGCACGAUGGUCUCCGUGUCGACCUGGCGCUUGCCCUGUUGAGCGGCGAAACCAUUGUGUCAGAUUAUGAAAUUCGCCUAACGCCGCUGCCUGAGAACGAUGCAGGCCAAUGUGACGGACCAGCCAUAUUUUCUCUUCACUACGAAUCUCGCAAGGACCGUGGAUCCGCGAAGUUGUUGGAAAGCGAAGGUAUUGAAUAUAAUUCUAUUUCUCCGGCGUCGUCUAGGGCUGAAGAUUGGGACGGACGAAAUUCGGCCCGACUGUUAGAUCUCGUUGGUAGUCUUUGCCUGUCCAAAGCGGGUAUUGUGUGCUUACAGGACAUUCCGGGUGCUCGGGAUAGCUUUCCAAAGGAGCUCCACUCGUACGACACCAGACUUGAGUUUACAGUCAACACGCAAACCGUGGCCGAUGAUGGACCCUUCGGAGAAGCCUACCAUGAGACGGUGCACUCCGUGAACGGGUUCACCUUCGCCUUUCCGUCGGCGCUGAUGCUGAUGCGCGAGAUGGCCAGCGCCGGGGGACCGCGGGCGCACACAUGCGGCCAUCGGCGCCUGCCAAGAAGCUGUCACCCGAUGAUGGCACGGUGCGAGUGUGUCCACGUCGAGCACCUCGAAGCAGGUCACCGGGUGGAAAUGGUCCUAAUUAAUGCCGAUCCUUCGCACGAUUACGUCUAUCACCUGCACGGGCACACGAUGUUCGUCGUCGGAGUGUCCACGGGGCACCGGAGUGAGCCAGGGAAGCUAGCGCGCAACCUGCGGCGUCCACCGCAGCGAGACACAAUCGUCGUCCGGCGGGACUCGAUCGUCGUCGUGCGAUUCGUUGCCAAAAGUGCUGGAUUGUGGAUGCUGCGGGAUAUCGGCUCGCCGCAGUGGUCCCGCGGCCUGGACGUCGUGCUGAACGUCCGCGCGCACCCGACAGAUUUCGACAUUCCGUACGACUUUCCCGCCUGCCGACAUUUCAUCGGGCCGAGGUAUUUUUUAAUUUGAUUCGUCAAGUUCGAUUCGACAGCACCGGUUGGGAUUCGGCUACGCAGAUAGAAAAUUCGUUAGCAAAUGUGAUAGAAAUUUGAGUAUUCCAUAGAAAUGGUAGUAUAGCGUUGUGAAGGCCAAGCAAAACAAUAUAAAAGCAUCAGGGAAGUGUGAUUGAAAGGAAAAUAUUUAAUAUAAGUUAUCCAUAAGGGCAACU